AUGUCUGAGCCGAGCUCGCGGGCGACCAAUGGACGACCGGGGUACCAGAUCCAGAGUCGGAUUGGCUGGGCUUCAGCACUCCCUUUAACUGAGGCUGGGGCUGAGGUCGACGCUGCGGCAAAUAUCAUGAAAGCUGGGCCGGCGCUGGAGGCUUUGAGGAACCUGGUUGAGGCGUUCGUGGGGCGUUGUAGUACUUCUUCAUUGAUGGAUCUCGUGUGGCUUCGCGAUACAGCCGCAAGGAAAGCUGGCAGAUCGACCCAAUUGAAACUGCUGAUCCCCGCACAAGCUGAGGAGCUUCGAUCCACUGUGACUGGCUGA